CUCCGCCCGCAAUGCCUGAGCCAGCGAAGACCGCGCCCAAGAAGGGCUCCAAGAAAGCCGUCACCAAAGCCCCCGGCAAGGGCAAAGGCAAGCGCCGAAAGGGAAGGAAGGAGAGCUACGCCAUCUACGUGUACAAGGUGCUGAAGCAAGUGCACCCCGACACCGGCAUCUCGUCCAAGGCCAUGAGCAUCAUGAACUCCUUCGUCAACGACAUCUUCGAGCGCAUCGCCUCCGAGUCCGCCCGCCUGGCUCAAUACAACAAGAGAUCCACCAUCACGUCCAGGGAGAUCCAGACCGCCGUGCGCCUCCUUCUUCCCGGCGAGCUGGCCAAGCACGCCGUCUCUGAGGGCACCAAGGCCGUCACCAAGUACACCAGCUCAAAGUAAAGAUCCCCGCCAUCUCCUCAAACCAAAGGUUCUUUUAAGAGCCACCCACUCCUUCUAAAGCGUCAUCUCCUGCUGCGGGCGUCGUGGUGGCCAUUUUGUGUCUAACAUGGAGGACGCGUUUCCUUCCACACAAAGGAGCCGUACAUCAUUUAAUGGGACAUAAUUUAUUAAAGUAUUGAUGGCGCUUACUAAGAAUUAUAUUUGAUAAGAACAUUGAAAUGAAACUAGUAAUAUGAGCGCCAUAUUAUUUACAUAGCAGUAAAUAAAAACGAAUUCAAUGGAAACAUGUCUAUAUUAGGGCUGGGUAACAUUGACAUUUUAAUCAAAGUUAAUCGCACUAUUUCUCUGAUUAAUCGCCAUUAACUGCAUUGUAUACACAAAGCCCAAUAAUGAAUUCAAAAGUAGUGUG